AUGCAUGCCCUUGGCAUUCCCACGACACGCGCCGCUGCUGUGAGUGUUAGUUUUGAAGACAAAGUCAUCAGAGACAUCAAUUACGAUGGCAAUGCGAAGCUCGAGCCGACUGCUGUCGUUGUUCGUCUGGCAGAAACCUUCCUGAGAUUUGGAUCAUUCGAGAUCUUCAAAUCGACUGACUCCAUCACAGGCCGUGGGGGUCCAAGUGCUGGAGACACCGCUCUACUGCACAAGCUUGUGGAUUUCGUUAUCAACAACUACUAUGAGGCUGAGUGCGCCGACAUAGAGGAGACAUCCGUUGAGAAAAAAUGCGAGAAAUUCUUCCAAGCUGUAGUCGAGAGGACCGCGAAGUUAGUCGCAAAAUGGCAAUGCGUUGGAUUUUGUCAUGGUGUGCUGAAUACCGAUAAUAUGUCAAUCGUGGGGGAUACUAUUGAUUAUGGCCCUUUUGGAUUCAUUGAAGCCUUCCAGAGAGACUACAUCUGCAACACUAGUGACACGGGAGGCCGCUACACCUAUGAGGCUCAACCUAAGAUUUGCCUCUGGAAUUGCACCAAACUAGCUGAGUCCUUGGCGCCCAUACUUGACCCUGGAAAG